CUUCUCAAAAUUGACCUCCAGUGUCGCCCCCUGGACACAUCGCAGUCGAUGGUACGACUCUCGUGAUUGGACGCAUCCGAAGCUCUCAAUAUUUUCCAAAAAAAAUCGCCCAACGACCCCACGCGCCUGAAAAAUGCCAGAUCCAACAAAUAAGUGACUAAAAUUCACGUUUUCCUCCGACAUUUCCAUAAAAUGCCGACUAAAAUCUUGAAAAAAAGCCCUGUCCAUCGUCACUCGAAUCAAAAUGGCGGAAUAUCCGGCAGUCAUGGAUUGACCAAUGCCGUAUCGCCUCUGUUCGCCUGUCUCUCACCGAAAAAGCGUACCGCCCUCCCGCAAUAUAGCCCCCCUGGCGUCACUGUUGUGCUCCCUCUAAUCGAGCCCCCAAGUAAUUUUUGCUACUCGUCAUUGAAAAAUCACCCCCGAGGCCGCCGACUCGAUAGAAACCCUUGUGACAUAUUCUCAAACAGUUGAACAGUGAUUGUGAUACCACGAGGUGUCUACUCAUACCUCCCCUCCGUGAAAAUGCCAUCGAGGCCCUCAUUAAACCUUAAAAUCUGACGAAAUCGCGUAUCACCCUCGUUAAUUUCAAAAAAUCCCCUCCACAAGUGCGCGCAGCAUGAUUUUUCUCAUCACGUGACCUUGGUUAAAAAAAAAACAAAUGUUGAUUUCCAAUUACAAACAUGGCUCCAUUGUCAAUCCAGUGGUGUUUAUUUACAAACGUUUGUUAUCAUCAAGCACGUGUGAGAACAAGUGACAGAAGUUGAAACGCGAAAUCAAGAAAAAAAAAUAACGAGCAAAUAAUAAAUUGUCCCUUUGAAGGAGCAGUCCCUGAUAACAAUAAUUUGUGGUUAACAGACCCCAGAGCAGUAUGACGGGGAGAGGACCAAAAAGGCGGGGGCGACCCCCCAAGUCAGUGGUGAUGGAGCGUCCGAAGACGUUCCAGUACCACCUGAUGAAGAAGCCAAAGUAUCUUCAGAAGGGUGCUGAUACCCCGAGCUCACAGCCAAGCACCCCAACAGCAUCGAGACCCUCAUCACCAGUGGAAUCUGAGGAGAGCAGAAGAAGUACGAGAUCGACGAGAAAAUCAGUUUCAACAGUGACAAGAGGUGGUAAGUCUCGAAAAGGUGGACAUUCAAGUGCGUACCAGAAACGUAGUUACAAUACAAACGUGGAUCUGAGAGACUCAGAGUAUCACUAUGGCUCUGAUUUCGGUGAUGAAUCGAGUGACAAAAGUGAGGUUGACGACGAUCCCCUCCUCCAGUCUGAGCAGGAGAGCUCUGAAUCAGUGGGUGAGCCUGAUCCCUCAUCAGACAGUGACUUCUCCCUGUCGAGUUUCAGCAAUGGAACCCCAAGAAAGAGUCUUCUGUCAUCAGCAAGAGCUCCCAGUCCUGAACCCCUGUGGCUGCAGAACAGAGAGUUGCCUUCUCUUGAUAUUCCCAAGUCAUCUGAGGACCUCCUCAUAGGGAAAGAGCAUGUCAUGCCAGCUCUAUCGAUUUACGAAGUGCUGAGACACUUUCGGUCACUGGUGAGAUUAUCGUCAUUCAGAUUCGAGGAUUUUUGUGCAGCUAUAACUUGUGAAGAUCAGACAAAUCUUCUUGCUGAGAUUCACAUAAUGCUGAUGAAGGCAUUACUGAGAGAGGAGGAUUCCCAGCAGACUCACUUCGGCCCCUUGGAUCAGAAGGACUCUGUCAACGUUAGUCUGUACUUCGUUGAUCCCAUGACCUGGGCUGAAACCCUCAGAUCAUACGUCGAGAGUGACAAAAACUUUGAACAAUCCAUUCUACAGAUACUCACCACCACCGAGUAUCCCUUCUGUGGAAUUGAAAACAGAUUGAAGGUGCUGCAGUUCCUCACCGAUCAAUUCUUGAUCACAAAUCCAGUCAGGGAGGAUCUUCUCCACGAGGGAAAUAUGCACUACGAUGAUCACUGCAGGGUCUGUCACAGGUUAGGGGACCUUCUCUGCUGUGAGACAUGUCCUGCUGUAUUUCACCUGGAGUGCGUGGAGCCUCCACUAGUCGAUGUGCCCACUGAGGACUGGCAGUGCAGCAUUUGCAAAGCCCACAAGGUGUCUGGGGUUGUUGAUUGUGUGCCUGAUGUUGAGAAGAAUGGACUACUCUGCAGACAGGAGCACUUGGGUUUCGACAGACAUGGCAGAAAAUACUGGUUCCUCGCGAGGAGGCUCUUCGUCGAAAGUGAGGAUGGUGAGAUUUGGUACUACAGCUCUCCCCUGCAGUUGGAGGAAUUGAUGAGGUGUCUCGACAAAGACGAGUUUGAAGUGGCCCUGUACAGGGAAUUGUCGGACUACAAGGACGAGAUCAUCAGGCAGAUGAUGCUCACUGAGAGCAUCACCAAUCAAUUCAAGGGAAACAAGAAGUCGUAUCUGGAGGUGGAGAAUGCACAGAUUAUGAAAAUCCAGAAGGAGAGAUUGGAGAGGAAAGAGGACGAGGAGAAAAAUCCUGAAGAGAGUGAGAAGAAGGAAGAAGAAAAAAUGGAGGUACCUGAGGAUCAGGAGUCGUUACAGGAGGAGAAGAAGUCAGAUUCCCCGUCUGAAGGUGGGGAGGAAGACGACGAGGAGAAAGGAAAAAAACCAUCGUCGAUGAUCACUAGAUCUAAAACAGGAUCACUCACACCGAGAACCUUCAGCAUGGACGACUUAAAGAAGAAGAAUGUCAAUGAACUGGAGAAGAUUGAUAAAAUUCUGAAGGACGACAGGUCUGACAACACCAGGUUAACCAGGCAGAAGGCCCAUCAGAUCGCCACUGGGACUCAUCUCUUUAAACUGGGUAUGGACAACAAUUUUAAGUCCUACGUGAAUCAGUAUAGUACUAACACAAUAGCUCUGAACAAAUCUCAGAGGAAUGAGGAACGUGAUAAGAAGCGUCACUUGUCACACAAGUUCUCGUUGACACAGGCCUCGGAAUUCAAGUGGGUGGGGAGUCUCACUGGUGCUAGGGCACUACUUGUCAGCACAAUCAGGCAGACAAUACUCCAGCUGGAGAGUAACAUCCAGGCUCCCUUCAUGCAUCCAAACUGGCAUUUGCUGAGAAAGCCCUGGACAACUGCUGUUGGCGUAUGUGUUAAUCCACGGGACUUCGCGAGAGCUCUCAUUGUCCUUCAAGCCUGCAUCAAAUCCUGUGUCUUUGCCAAUGUCUGGCACGAUCAGCUGGGGCACGUCAAGCUACAGAGAGUGACUGCUGUGGAGCGUGAGGAGAAGAAACGACUAGAUAAGAAGGAGAAGAAGGAGAAAGAAGACGAGGAGGAGAGGAACAGAUUGACCUUCAAUUUCGUCAAAUAUCCAUUGGGCCUGAAACACCAGAUUUGGAAGCAGAAGGGGGAGGAGUACAGGGUUCAUGGCCAGUGGGGAUGGUUAUGGAUAUCUGCGAGUCGCAGGUUCAAAUCGGAUGUCAAACUAAAGAGCCUUGGUCCCCAGAAAAUCAUGGUCCAGAUCAGGGACUCCGGGGGCAUCAAGAUCUUAGCUGUUGAUCCCCCGACGUACGACUUUCUCAUGCAGGAGUACUUGGGACCAAAGAAGGAACCAAUAGAUGAGGACAUCAAGCCUCCCAUCAAGGAGGAAGUUGAAGCUGAAAUCAAGGAGGAUGACAAUGCCACGGAAGAAUCCAAAGAUAGCAAACCAGACAAGAAGAGCCUGUCAUUCCUGGCUGGUAUGAAGAUUGAGAAGGUCUUCCCACCUAUCGACAAGUUCGAGGAGAUCGACGUCAUGAAGGCCCUGACAACACCUGGGCGUCUUCACUACCCCAAGAUCGCGAAGAAAACGAGAAUCGAUGACUUCCUAGCGAGAAGAACACAUCUCAAGAUUCUCGAGGAGCGAAGGCUGUCGCAGACUGAGAAGCUUAAGGAUGCCAAUCAGUUGAAGAAGGAGGAGACUGAAGACGACGAUGAUCACGAUGACAGUACAGCCCCUGGAAGCUCGAUUCUCGGGAUUUUAUCAGGGGAAAGUCCCAACAAAUCCCUUCACCCAUCAGCCAGGGAGAUGCUGAUGGCCGUCAGCAAGAGGAUUCGCCAGGUGAGGAGUCAGUACGCAGCUGUUGUAAGAUUUGGAAAGAACAAUCACUGCUACUCUCGAUACUGUAAUAUGACUGGUCAAUCACCCAGGACACCCAUCACCCCUCAGAGUCUCAUCAGCACUUGCUACUCCCCCACUUGCCUCCAGAAAGCUAGACUCAGGAGAGACCUUGUUGCUCUCUUGAGGAAGGCCAAUGCUUUGAAUAACAAUCAGACUGUCGUUGAGAACCCAGCGACUCCAGCACCGAAACAAUCGGAGGAGAGCAACGAUGAUGCCAUCAGGAAAGAUCUGGAGUCAGCAGUAGCUCUGGCGACACAUUGUGCUGAGGAGGUACCAGCCACCAACGUCAAUGUUGAUGAGUCCCCGAAGGCCAAAAAAGUAAAGCUUGAAAUACCUGACGAGCCCAGCCAGGUCGAUAUCGAGAAGAUCGAGGAGGAGAAUAAGCCAGAGAAGACUGACGACACUAAGCCUAAUCUUGGCUCUACGACGACAACUGUCAACAAGAGGGGCAGGACUGUCCAACGGUGCACCAUGGCUAAGGAGCUCUCUGCUGAUGGCACUGAGAGAAUUUAUUCCACUGUUAAUCCAGAGGGCAAGGUCUACCUCAAGAAAGUGGCGAUCUCAUUAGCUGACAGAAGGAAGAAGAGAGUACCUGUCAAGUAUCCAUUAUGCUCAACAUUCAGUACUAAGAAUAAUAAGAGAAGCAUCUUAUUGUUACCCGAACAUGAGCUCAGGAAACUUGCUCGGGUUGGGGGCAAGGUUCCUGUCGCUGGUUUCCAUCAAAUUGCUAAGGCCAACAUGGCGGUCUGGCCCUAUCCCUGCCCAAGGCCCCUGUUCAAGACAUGUUGGCUGUACAGGACUGUAGGACUCAAGUCACUGGCAGCUGCUGCCCUGCAACUGAGGAUUCUCUGGGGAUGUCUUAGGUGGGAUGACAUGGUUGCUAAACCUGCCUCAUCAGAUGGAAAACAUCAGAUCACCACCGAUACUGAACUCCUGACCCUCGAGAUUCUCAAGCAUCGACAUGUCGGACAGUUUAUGGAUAGGACCCAGUAUCUCAGGAGAAAGGUGGUGAUCCCGUUGGAACUACCGAAGCAGAUCAGGGAGGUCACCAGCAUCAGGAGUGGGCUGAGGAAGAGGAAGAGACCGGAGAGCCCUCAGAGCACUGAACCUCAGGUCUCGGAGGAGUGGGUUGAUGAGGACAAGAUCGAGCUGUGGGAGAUCAAACAAUAUGGUGACAGGUUGGAGAAGGCUAAUGCACAGAUUAUUACUAGGAGCAGAUCGGGUGGACCGCAGACUGGUUCAUUCGCAAAUAGGGGAUCACUAUCUGGUACCAGUGAAUCAUUAACAAAUAAAGCAACCCCCGACGAGAUCAAGGAGAAGAUGGAACAGCAGUUGAGGAUACAGAGAGCUGCCCACCAGCAAAAAAGGGUUUUGGAGACACUCAAAAGCCCUGCCAAUGCCACUACACAAAUUGUCAAAGUCACCACUAAUUCUAAUCAAGAUGGCACCGUGAAGCUGGUCUCCAAAGUGGCCAUACCAGCGACCCCAACAAAUUCUCAGAAAUCUCAAUUGACAUCUCUCCUGACGACUCCAACUCAAAGUAAAACAAUAAUCGGCACACGUCGAAUUUACAUGACAAAAUCAGCAGACGGUACAACCCGUGUGGUCUCAGGACCGACAAGUAUCCUGCCAAAGACUACAACUACUCCCUCCACUCCGGCCCCCCAGUCAUUGAUAAAAGGUACCCCCCAAACGCCCCAACAGCCCCAACGAGUGCAAAUUCUUCGAGGACCAGAUGGUAAACUACAGGUGCGAGGUCUCAUGCCAGGGCAGCAACUCGUCCAAAUGCCCGAUGGUAAACUCCACGUUUUGAACACCAGCCAAUCGCCUGCGGUAACAGCUCCCCACACACCCACUCCCCAAGUCACAAAGACAGUGACAGCCGUACUAAAGCCACCAACGAUAAAAGCAACUCAAGUCAAAGUUGCUCCAUCACCACAAGUAACACCAACUCGCCUGAAAGCAACUCCACUGACAGUUGUCUCCAACAGUAGUGGUAUUGUGACAACACCCAAGAGUACACUGAUGGUGGCUAACGCCAAUCAAAUGCCGAUAUCAGGACAAGUCAUCAAUACAAAUCAAAUAAUCGUCAACAAUACAAAUUUGGCGCAGCAAUUGGCGAGUGGAAAAGCCCAAUUGGUGUCGCACAAUGGACAACAGUUGGUGAUAAGGACAGCAACAACCGGUCAACAAUUGGUCCAGAUGUUAUCAUCGAAUUCUGGAAUUAUUCAGGUUAAAAAUACAACCCCCAAAGUAGUGACAGCUGUGACGAAUGUUAAUACUCCAGUGACUCCAAGUACACCAGUACCUGCCAGCACUCCAGUACCUGUGAGUACUCCAGCUGCUGUAGCAUCAGUAGCAACAGCAGCAGUGGCAACACCAUCAGUAACAGAGACAACGGCAACAGUAGAAGCGCCAACAGUUGCACCAGCAACUACACCAGCACCAGUAGCUGCUCCAGCGACUCCAGCUGCGCCAGCACAGGCGACUCCAGCUGCAUCAGCUCCAGCAACACCAGCAGCAGGAAGUGUUGAAGCUUCUCUGCUAGCAGGUCACCCACCUGGGACGAUCAUAAAAUGUGUGACAGCACAGUUGAUACAAACAAAUCAAGGCCCAAGAAUUGUUCUUCAAGGGCUCCAGGGUACAGAGCUGAGUCCAGCCCAGACAGCAAUGGUUCAGCAACAAAUAAAGCAGCAACUGAUGAAGGCACAGGCAACCUCGGGUAAACAGGGUGUUUUGGGGCCAAUGAAAAUUUACCUGGCAAUGCAGCCAGUUUCUUCUGCUGCCACGACCCCCCAGACACCGACUAAGCCCGCAGUACCAGCACAGGGGGUGAAAACUCCCGUUACAACGCCUGUCAAACCAGUCGUAGCAAAGGAAAACAUUCCAGAGACACCAAAACAGAUUCAACAGCCGGAUAAGCCGAAGGUAGUUGUUCAACCAGUCUCAAAAUCACUGGAUCAAGAUGAGCAGAAGGGUCUUCACACCCUGGCCAAUGGUCAACAACCAUCGCAGACCCCAAAGGACCCCCUUGGUCAGAAUAAAUUCAUAUUGACACCAGACUACAUUCAGCAGACGAUAAAAAAUGCAUUAAAACAGGAGAAUCUGAAUCCUGAGAUCGAGGAGAAACUCCUCCAGCUGCAAAGGUACCAGGAGAAGCAGAUGAAAGUGGAUUCAUUGCCCAAUAGUCAAGCACAGACACCAACAACGCCAAUAUCAAGAGCACCAGCGAGAAAACGUCCAGCGACGAUCAAUCCAGUAGUGCCGAAGGAGCCUCCUGUAGUCAACGAUAAGGAUUCCACUUUUCAAGAUCCUCGGAAGAGAAUAGUAAUAAAACAGGAGCCCAAAGAGGUCAAGGAUGUUAAGGAGAGUCCCACGAAAGUGGUGAAGGCUGAGGAGGAAACCCCCAAGAGAUCCAUCAAGAUGAAGGAGAGCCAGGAGGCUAGGAGGCAGCAACAGGUCCACUCUAGAAUGCAGGUACUGCUAUUUAGGCACAAAGAGCUUUUGAAGAAGGACAUAUUGAAGAAGAGGGCUCUCCUGGAAAAGGAGUUGCAAAUUGACAUUCAGAAGGAUCUAUCUGCUGAGUUGACCAGCAGAACCAAGGCUGAGAGGCACAAGCAGGACGAGGUGAAGGUUGGGAGCAAGAGGAAGGCUAUUGGACAGCCUCCAGGUCAGAUGAGUCCCACUAGCAAAGGAAAUAAAGCGAAGAAGCACAGGUCUUCAGGGAGUGGUGGAACACCACCUGGUGGUCCUUCUGCGGGGAGAGUAAAGAAACAGAAGCUGUAUUGUCUCUGUAGAACUCCUUAUGACGAGACCAAAUUCUACGUUGGAUGUGAUCUCUGCAAUAAUUGGUUUCAUGGAGAGUGCGUUGGCAUAACUGAGGAGAUGAGCAAGAGUUUGUCAGAGUUUGUAUGCACUGAGUGCAGGCAUGCCAGAGAUACCCAGGAGCUUUACUGUCUCUGUAAACAGCCUUACGAUGAAUCUCAAUUUUAUAUCUGCUGUGACAAAUGUCAGGACUGGUUCCACGGCCGAUGUGUUGGUAUUCUUCAAUCUGAAGCAGAUAAUAUUGACGAGUACGUCUGUCCCAAUUGUCAAAGAAAUUCGUCCGUCAAUUUUGCUAAUAUGAAGAAUCUUAGUGCGAAGGAUCUGGAUUUAUUAAAGAAACUCAUCAAACAUAUCCAGGCCCACAAGAGUGCCUGGCCUUUUAUGGAGCCCGUCGAUCCCAAUGAGGCCCCUGACUAUUACAAAGUCAUUAAAGAGCCAAUGGAUCUCCAAACAAUAGAGCUCCGAAUAAACGACCGUUCCUACAAGAAGCUCAGUGAAUUCAUCGGGGAUAUGACUAAAAUAUUCGACAACUGUCGUUACUACAAUCCUAAGGAGUCGCCAUUCUUCAAGUGCGCUGAAUCGUUAGAAACUUACUUUGUCCACAAGAUUAAGAGUCUUAGGGAGAAGUUUUCCGAGAGCAAGUGAUUUCCCAGCGACUAGUGACAUAGGAUUCAGUGUUCCCCCUAGACCCAAAAAUCCAUUUUUUUUUUUAAUUUAUUAAAGGACAAAGUAAUGAAUUGCGUCGACUGGUACGAGCGGGGUAAUUGUGAAAUUUACAGUUAAAUAUAUGUUCCUCCGCUGAAUUUUCUUUUUAAACUGUAAUAACUUGUGAGGAAUUUACACUCUUAUAGAUUAGUGUGGGGAUGAGUUUAGGUAUACGCAUAAUAAAUUGUACAAAUAUUGUUUAUUAUGCUUAACAAGUAAUGACUUAAGUUGUUUUAAUCACUACAAAUUUUCUAUGAAAGUGUUUAUAAAACGAUAAAUACGAUGUUUAGGGUAAGUAUGAAGCAGAGUGUCAAAAUGAAACGAUGAAAAAUCACCAUUAGCAUUGUAAAUAAUAUCAGAUUAAUGCUGAGUCCUGAUUUAUCCACUGAUAUGUGACAUUUUUAUGACAAUUCGAUAAUCGAAGACCGUCUCAUUCUUAUUAGCUUUUCAUGGAUUAAUCAGCAUUGAUCGUUAAACUUUUUUUUCUCUUCGUUAUUGAUAAUUAUUUCUUUAUUGAUUUGCUUAAGGAGAGGGGAAAAUGGUAAAAUAUGUAAAUUUUUAUGCCAGGGUAAACAAAAAGCGGAUGAUUGUACAGUAUUUUUAAUUCAAAUUGCUCGAUGUAAUUCUGAUGAUGAGAUAAUUAGUGGUGGAGAAUAUUGAUAUGACGUUUACGUUUAGAAUUAAAUUUCAUUAAUAUUAUUUUUCACAAGUUAAAACAUUUAAAUUGUAAUAUUAAUGUGUGCAAGCACCUAUCUGCUCCUUAUUUUUAUUACGAUGAUAAUAAAGGAAUAAUUGUAGCUUUCGUUGAGAGAUGGACGAGUUGAAUUUAUCACGGAUUAAUUUUAAGGAUAAGUAGAGUUAGAUUUACAAUAAAUAGAUGGUAAUGAGAGAGGGAAGGAGAUAUAUACGACCAGUCGUUUAGCCACUGGAGAGUAUCGUUUUUCGUUGGGUCUUGAAUAUCCAUAACUUUUUAUUUUAUCAAGAAAAAAAUACAAAAUUUGAGGAAAAAAAUCAUGUAAUUGAGGAGGUACGCAAGAAUAAAGAGUUUAAGUAAUUAAGAUUA